CAGAACGCGAGGAGACGAUUCUUAUGACAGCUAUGAAAGAGUUGGCUGCAACUGGUUGGAAGUCCGAUAAUGGGUUCCGGUCAGGUUAUCUAACCCGUGCUCUGGAGGCCCUGAAACGUGAAUUUCCAAAAACUGAUAUUGUUGUUCACCCUCACAUCAAGUCGAAAAUCACCACAUGGAAAAAGAAUUACUAUUCUCUUAUGCAAAUACUUGACCGUAGUGGAGUUGGUUUCAAUGCGGACGGCGACUACAAGAUAGACAUCGAUGAUGAACAAUGGGCACAAGUUGUGGAGAAAGACAGCAAUGCCAAGUACAUGGGGAAUAAGUCGUGGCCAAUGUUCAGUGACUGGAAGGAGAUUUUCGGCAAGGACCGUGCUGAUGGGCUAAAGGGCAUGGACACCGGGGAGGCUGUUCAAAAGAUAUAUGGUUAUAAGGCUGAUGUUGGUGACAGUUCAGCUAAAUCUUCACCAAUUACUUUAGAUGAACUAUUCCCCGAUGAAGUUUUCCCUGGCGGUGUAAUGCCUGAGAUGGUUGAUGAGAGCACCUCGGCACCGACACCUUUGAGAGUACCUACAAGGGUACAGAAAAAACUACCGACAAAGAGGAAGGCCGAGGACAAGAUGGACAGUGUCCUUGCUUUGAUGAAUCGCAUCCAUGAAGACACCAACGAUCGGUUGAAGGACAUAUCUACACGAAUUGGUUAUGAGUUUGAUCUAAGCACAAAGAGAACCGAGGUCUUCAACCAGCUUAAAGGCAUGCCCGGGCUGACCCUCAAACAACAAUUCUAUGCGGCAAAAAAAUUAGUAAAGGAGCCCGAGCUUAUGGAUCUCUUUAGGGGAUUGGAUGAAUGGGCACGGCCGGCGUUUGUGCUUGAUCUCCUUGAGACAGAUCGAAUGAUUUGACAUUGAUAAAUUAUGUGGCUUUUGUGUUUAUUUUGUUAUCUAUCGUAGUUAAAACAUUAUGCUAUGUAACUACUUAGGCCGGCUGCAUCAGUAAGAACUAUGAAAACUAC